AAACAUGUUGAUCAUAAGCUUGAUGAAAGGCUGCAGCAAAAUGAUUCUUAUCUUGAAAACUUGUACAGAUUAUACAGCAAGUACGUAUAAGCUAGUUUCCAUGCACUUCCUUCCUAUUUUGCAUGUUCGAUCAAACGAGGGACAGGAAUGCAUAUAUUACCGCUUGCCUCCCCCGGGGGGUGGGGGAGAUUAGGAAAAACGGAAGGAUAGAAAAGAGAGUAUAGGAUGGAAAAGACAGUAGCAUGGAGGGGAAAUAAAAGUAGUUUUAAAAUUACUGGAAAUAGAAUUUUCAGAAAGUUUAGAGCUUUUCUUCAAACUACGCAAUUUUUGCUGUUCUGUUUACAAGAAUUUCAAUCUGAAAGUGCAGGAAAGCACUACUCUCUGACUGACUACAAAAUUUCCUUGGGCAGCAACUUCUCGGAACACCACCACACGGAUACCAAUGACACAAUCAAUUCGUCAUAAUGUUAAAUACGUCCAGUCUUAGUCAGGAUUGGAUAUAGUUACUACUGGGGUACUUUUUCCCCACUCCCUGGGGGAGUGAAGACUGACCAGGAGUGGCGAAUAAUACUCAGGUUUGGAAGCUCUUUUAAUCCGUAGUGAGGGUGAGUGCAUGCGUAUCCAGGGGGUCAAUUAAUAAAAUAAAGGGUUGUUGAUAUUAAAACUUCCUAUUUUUAAUGAUUUAAUACCAUGCAUGACGAUCACAGUAUUUUUUUUGGAUUUGAUGCAACACGACAUUUAUGACGUAUUUUGCAACACUCAAAACUAUUAUAAACACGAGACCGAGAGAUACUGACUUUUUGUUUUAGGACAAAAGAGUUGGGUAAGAAACUAUCUGACUACAAACUGGGAUCCGACUCGUCAUUUCUGCAUCGUUUACAGAAAAAUGUCUUCAGUAAAUAUUUGAACGAUUAUAUAAAGUAAGUGAUAUAUAGAAGUAAUAGGCUAUACCCAUUUUGUAGUGAUUGUGAGGUUUCAGUGUAGGUAUAGACGAACAGUGACGGAUAGCAGGCAUUGGUGGGUCUACUGGGAAGGGGGGCAGGGGGAUGCAAACCCCUCCCAGCAUCCCUCUCAGGUGGUGUUCAAACCCCCUUUGGAAAGAGUUCUGCUAUUCUAUAUUAGGUUUAGAUUUCGCACUUUUUAAGUUGUGGAUAUGUGGAUAUUUAUAUACUUAUUUCAUGUAGUUUGAUCCUGUAAUCCCUCAAGCGAUUAUUUUUUAGCAUGUGCAGACUGUAAUACGCUGUAGUAUACAAUAUGUUAAAACUCACGCAAUAGCUUUUCCCCGCUGAGUGCAGAGGAAAUAUAAUGCAGUAUAUACUCAAUCUUGGUAUAGCUUUACGGUAUUUUAUUAGUUAUCCUACGAGUAGCAACAGGAGCAAAUUUAAGUCAGUCCACAGCCUAGGUUACUGAUUGUUAUAUUAUUUAGGCGUGAACUGAAGUACUUAACUGAGAAGUGCGAGUUGCUGCUGUCCAGAUAUUAUGAAUCCAUUGGGCAUCAGAAGAGAGAGAAGGUGCAUGUUUCCGGGUACGUAUAAGUGAAGUACCUGCCAGAUUCUUAUUAUUUUCUCCUAUACUUUUACUACUUAAAAUUACUCUACUUUAGAUUUCUUUACCUUAUUUUACUGAACUGACUGAUUCAAAACGGAUGACAAAAAUAUUAUUAUAGUAAUUGGCUUCUAAAUUCGAAUUUUAAGGUUUAACGAAUUUGUUCGACUGACUGGAUUGACACAGACAUCGCAACAGCAAUCUGAUAACACUAAAGAAACAUACCUCAACCAACAUGUUGCUGUCAGUCUUUUACUCGAGAAUAAAAAUUCCUUACGAAGAUGUGAGAUG